AUGUCUGAUACGAGUGAUCUUGAUCGGCAAAUAGAGCAGCUUAAAAGAUGUGAAAUAAUAAUGGAGGGCGAGGUUAAAGCACUGUGUGCAAAAGCCCGAGAGAUUCUCGUCGAAGAAAGUAAUGUGCAACGUGUUGAUUCUCCAGUUACGGUUUGUGGUGACAUACAUGGCCAAUUCUAUGAUCUCAAGGAACUAUUUAAAGUUGGUGGUGAUGUCCCAGCUACAAACUAUUUGUUCAUGGGAGAUUUUGUUGACAGAGGAUUUUAUUCUGUAGAAACCUUUUUGUUACUACUAGCGUUAAAGGUUAGAUACCCAGAUCGCAUCACAUUAAUUAGAGGAAACCAUGAGUCUAGACAGAUCACUCAAGUAUAUGGUUUUUAUGACGAAUGCUUAAGAAAAUAUGGUUCUAUUACGGUCUGGAGGUACUGCACAGAGAUCUUUGACUACUUAUCACUAUCCGCUAUCAUAGAUGGACGGAUAUUCUGUGUUCACGGAGGACUAAGCCCAUCUAUACAAACAUUAGACCAAAUUCGCACCAUUGACCGGAAACAGGAAGUUCCACAUGAUGGUCCUAUGUGUGACUUGCUUUGGAGUGAUCCUGAAGAUACACAAGGCUGGGGUGUAUCUCCGCGUGGAGCUGGCUACCUGUUUGGAUCAGAUGUCGUGGCUCAGUUUAAUGUCUCGAAUGACAUUGACAUGAUAUGUCGCGCGCACCAACUGGUCAUGGAGGGCUACAAAUGGCAUUUCAAUGAGACUGUGCUGACUGUUUGGUCUGCUCCAAACUAUUGUUACAGAUGUGGCAACGUAGCAGCAAUAUUAGAACUGAACGAAAACCUACAACGAGAAUUUACAAUAUUCGAAGCAGCGCCGCAAGAGUCGCGUGGGGUUCCAUCCAAGAAGCCACAACCAGACUACUUCUUAUAA